AUGGGUUCAUCACGCUUUCGCGAGUACUUUUCUGUGCAUUACCAGCCUGGAGAGCGGAAGCUCAUCCAGAAGAUUGACUUCUUCAUUCUUACCUUUUGCUGCCUCAGUUAUUUGGUCAACUACCUUGACCGGAGCAAUCUUGCCAAUGCAUACGUAUCGGGAAUGAAAACUGACCUUGGUUUCACCGGAAACCAGUUUAAUGAAAUCAACACUUGCUUCACUGUCGGCUACGUCAUUGGCCAAGUGCCAUCAAACUUGUCCCUUCACUAUGUCAAACCUCGAUUCUGGUUCCCGGCCAUGAUGAUUCUCUGGGGAGCACUCACCAUGGUCACCGCAUCUGUUCACAACCCUCAGUCCAUCAUGGCCAUUCGAUUUUUUCAAGGCAUCUGUGAAGCCUCCACCUUUGUCGGCACCCACUACAUUCUCGGUGCAUGGUAUACCGAGCGGGAGUUGGGCAAGCGAAGUGGCAUAUUUACGUCAUCUGGAUUGGCUGGCACCCUCAUUGGUGGUUUCAUCCAGACCGGCAUCAACAGGAGUCUCAACGGUCGGCUUGGCCUUGCAGGAUGGCGGUGGCUGUUUAUCAUUGACGGUCUCCUCACUGUUCCUGUGGCCAUUUACGGCGUCAUCUUCUUCCCCGAUACGCCGCAAACGACUACCGCGUUUUACCUCACAGAGGAGGAAAAGAAGUUGGCUGUCUCUCGCGUCCCCGAGGUGCCUGAGCAGUCUCCUGUAACACUCAAGUUCCUCAAGAAGGUCUUGUCAUCAUGGUAUUGGUGGGGGUUUGUCGGCCUGUGGUGUCUCGCAGGCGAGCUAGAAAGCUUCAGUACAAACUCCCUGUUGGCACUCUUUUUGGAAAACCACCCCGUCCACAAGUACACUACCGCGCAAAAGAACAACUAUCCCACUGGUGUACCUGCAGUCGGCAUCGCGUCGACUCUAUUCUGGGCGACCUUGACCGAUUUCCUCGGCGGCAAGCGUUACCUGGUUGGAUAUUUUAUUGGCUUGACAAGCAUUGCAACCUCCAUCAUGAUCUUGGUCUCUUCGCGUGACCCUACGAACCCACACUCAACAACCGUCACAAUGGCCGCCUACUACUGGGCAGGUUCUGUCUACGCCUGCCAAGCUACAUUUUUUGCCUGGUGUAAUGAUGCCAUGAGAUAUGAACAAGCCACUUUCCGCAGUGUUGUUCUAGCUGGCAUGAACCUUGGAAACAAUGCCGUCAACGCCUGGUGGAGUAUUAUCUUCUAUGGAGUAUCCAUGGCUCCGUGGUUUAUUCGAGGUAUGUGGGCAAUGAUUGCGUGCUCAAUUGCGCUCAUUAUUUGGACCGUUGGUCUGUCAUGGAAGGACCACAAAAACAAGAAGAGCUUGGUCGUCGAGGUUCAUCAUGCUGAGACGAAACUUGAAGAACCUUAG